CCAUUCACUCCCCCGCCAGCCAACAACAACAACAACAACAGUAGCGAUUCCAGCGAUUCCCCCGCGAAAUGGGCACCAUCUCAUCCGUGCUGCAGUGGUCGUGCACCAAGUGCAACACGAUCAAUCCGACGGAGUCGUUAAAGUGCUUCAAUUGCGGCACCGUUCGCAAGGUGUUCCCCCAACAGCAACAACAACAACAGCGAAGGGUCACCGCCUCCUGGACAGCUGAUGAUGCACUGGAGCAGGAGCAGGCGGAGAGGGAGAAGGAGAAGGAGCAGGCAGAGAGGGACAGGGAGAAGGAUAAGGACAAGGAGAAGGGCAGGGCGGCGGUUGCCAGGAGCGAGUACAAGCAUGUGUACAAGUCGCUGCUGCGCGGAUGCCUGAAGAGACCGCAGCGGAACAGCCAGAACCUGCCCGCCAAUUGCGUCGACUGCGAGGAUACGCGCAAGUACAUCAAGAGCUCCAUCGAGCUCUACCGCCACUUCUCGAAUCCCGCCCUCAAUCGGCGGUGGGUGUGCCACGCCUGCGGCACCGACAACAGCUCGGUCACCUGGCACUGCCUCAUCUGCGACACGGUCAGCUAUCUGGCGCCCAUCUACAAGGACGCCAUUGCAGCCGAUCGCGAUUGCGGCCAGGAGCUGGCCGGCAGUCUGGGCAAUCGCGGCGAGCUGCUGGCAGCGGAUCCCCAUCCGCAUCCCCAUCCGCAUCCACAUCAUCAUCAUCACUACCAACUGCAACAGGAGCUGGAGGAGCAGCACCAUCAUCAGUUACAUUCCCAGCAGCACUCGCACAAGAGGCACCUUAAAGGUAGAUCUGGCUCGGGAUCGGGAGCGGGAUCGGGUCAGGGAUCGGGAUCUGGACUGCGGCGCACCCAGAGCCUGAGCACCGCCAUCGACAAGAGCGCCUCGGGGCGCAGCUGCCACAUCUGCUAUGCGAACAACCAGAGCAAGGACAUCUUCAAUCUGCCGCAGGUCAAGCCGGCGCCCCAGCUGACAGGGAUUCCCCCCGUGGCCGCCUGCAGCAACUCGCGAUUCGCCAUCGCCAACGACACGUUUUGCCGGCGCAAGCAGAACAACAACAACAAGAACCAGAACCACAAGGUGGUGCGGGAGAGCGGGGCCAAGCGGAAGUACAACUUCACCAUUACGACGCUCUCGCGUUCGGCGGCCAAGGAUUCGAUUGGCGGCCAGGGCCAAAUGAAGCCGCUGCGCCAGCAGCCCGUCAAUCUGAAUACCCAGCAGCAGCAGCAGCAGCAGAAGUCGCAGCUGCAGCAGCAGCAGCAGCAGCAGCAGAGGAAGAACCAGCGGGAGCCAGCAGCAGUGAGUAUGAAUCCAACGCAGUUCACCAUUCCGCGGAACGGCGUCUUCAUAGCCGUCAACGAGUGGUCGGAGCCGAUGGCCAACAGCUCCUCCAAUAGUCACCAGCAUCAUAGUCAUCAUCAUCAUCACCACCACAAUCACCAUCAUCACAGCAGCAGCAGCAAUAGCAACAACAGCAGUAGCAACAGCAACAGCAACAGCAUCAACAACAACAGCAGCAGCAACAGCAACAGCAGCAGCAACAAGUUGUACGAGAACGAGUGCGUCGCCUUGGCGCAGCAGCAACUGAGAGCAGCCGCUGCCCAGGCGGCGCAGGCAGCCGCCACGGCGGUGGCCAUUGUGAGCUCGGAACAGGCGGCACCUCAGGCCACCAUGCCCAUCUAUGCGCAGGUUAACAAGCAGCACAAGCUCAAGAAGAAGCAACAGAUGGCAGGCAGCGAAUCGCAGGCGAACAACAAUGGGGAAUCGAUCAUGGAGGCGGUCGGUGGUGGGGAAUCGCCCGCAGGAAUCCCCGACAACGACAACGGGGAGGCCGGCAGCGAUCAGUCCGAGUCGCAGGUGGAGGAGCACUCCAUCUACGCCAAGGUGUGGAAGGGACCGCGCAAGACGACCGAAUCGAAAAUCACGCAUGAUCCGGGUAGCAGCAGUCGCCUGAUAAUAGCCACAUCCGCAACAGCAGCAGCGACCACAUCCUCGGGAGCGGCGAUAGUUGCAGCAGGCAGCCGCAGCAAGAUGUGGACAUGCAUCAAAUGUUCCUAUGCCUACAAUCGACUCUGGCUGCAGAGCUGCGAGAUGUGCGAGGCGAAGCUGGAGCAGCAACUUCUGCAGCAGCAGCAGCAGCAACAGGCAGUUGUGUCCUUUGGCCAGGAGAAAGCAGCAGCCCCCCGCGACGAGCCGUGGACCUGCAAGAAGUGCACCCUGGUCAACUACUCGACGGCCAUGGCCUGCGUGGUCUGCGGCGGCUCCAAGCUGAAGAGCAUCUCCUCCAUCGAGGACAUGACGCUGCGCAAGGGCGAGUUCUGGACCUGCGGCCACUGUACGCUGAAGAACUCGCUCCACUCGCCGGUGUGCAGUGCCUGCAAGUCGCACCGCCAGCCGCAGCUUUCGAUUUCCUCGCUGGAGGCGGUUCGCGAGCGACCCGAUGGCCAGUCGUACGAGGAGCAGGAUGCAGUGGCAGCAGCGGCGGCAGGAGGAGGAGGUAGCACAACUAGUAAUAGCGAGGUGAAAGCACCGGCAGCAGCAGCUCUCAAUCUGCCGCUGGCCUCGGUGGCGCUGCCCCUGCCGCUUCUGCAGAUUCCAACGACCUCGGCGGCUGGGCUGCGUGGCUCGCGCAGUCCCUCGCCCAGGAUGCAGCCAUCGCAGCAGCAGCAGCAGCGAAGUUCCAGCUCCACCUCCUCCUCCUCGGGCGCCAUACCCAAACGGCACAGCACCGGCGGCUCCAUUGUGCCCAGGAACAUCUCGCUGGCCGCUUUGGCCUCCAGCUACAAUCUGCAGCAGCAAUCGGCAGCUUCUGCUCCCGAGAGUUCCAGCCUGAAGAAGUGGCAGUGCCCGGCCUGCACGUACGAUAAUUGUGCCGCUUCCGUUGUCUGCGACAUUUGCUCCAGUCCGCGCGGCCUGGCGAGCGCCGUGCUGGGCGAAGCGCUGGCCAGGAAGUCGAUACGCGUGGCGCUCACCCCGGCGGACAUUCGGCAGGAGAGCAAGCUAAUGGAGAACCUGCGCCAGCUGGAGGAGACCGAGGCGCUGACCAAGUGGCAGAACAUCAUUCAGUAUUGCCGCGACAACAGCGAGCUCUUCGUCGACGAUUCGUUUCCGCCGGCGCCGAAGAGUCUGUACUACAAUCCGGCGAGCGGAGCGGGCGAGGGCAAUCCGGUGGUGCAGUGGCGCCGGCCGCACGAGAUCAACUGCGACGGCGGUGCGUAUCCGCCGUGGGCCGUCUUCCGCACACCGCUGCCCUCGGACAUUUGCCAGGGCGUCCUGGGCAACUGCUGGCUACUCAGCGCCCUCGCUGUGCUGGCGGAACGCGAGGAUCUGGUGAAGGAGGUGCUGGUCACCAAGGAGAUAUGCGGCCAGGGAGCGUACCAGGUGCGCCUCUGCAAGGACGGCAAGUGGACGACCGUGCUGGUCGAUGAUCUGCUGCCGUGCGACAAGCGCGGCCAUCUCGUCUACUCGCAGGCCAAGCGCAAGCAGCUCUGGGUGCCGUUGAUCGAGAAGGCCGUGGCCAAGAUCCAUGGCUGCUACGAGGCUCUUGUGUCGGGCCGAGCCAUCGAGGGCCUGGCCACGCUGACGGGGGCGCCCUGCGAGAGCAUUCCGCUGCAGGCGAGCAGCCUGCCCAUGCCCAGCGAGGAUGAGCUGGACAAGGACCUGAUCUGGGCCCAGCUGCUGAGCUCGCGCUGCGUGCGAUUCCUCAUGGGCGCCAGCUGCGGCGGAGGCAACAUGAAGGUGGACGAGGAGGAGUACCAGCAGAAGGGUCUGCGACCGCGACACGCCUACUCGGUGCUGGAUGUGAAGGACAUCCAGGGACAUCGGCUGCUCAAGCUGCGCAAUCCCUGGGGUCACUAUUCGUGGCGCGGCGACUGGUCGGAUGACUCCUCGCUGUGGACGGACGACCUGCGCGAUGCUCUAAUGCCGCACGGCGCCAGCGAGGGCGUCUUUUGGAUCUCGUUCGAGGAUGUGCUCAACUACUUCGACUGCAUCGACAUCUGCAAGGUGCGCUCCGGCUGGAACGAGGUGCGUCUGCAGGGCACUUUGCAGCCCUUGUGCUCCAUCUCCUGUGUGCUGCUCACCGUGCUGGAGCCGACGGAGGCGGAGUUCACGCUCUUCCAGGAGGGGCAGCGCAACUCGGAGAAGUCGCAGCGCUCGCAGCUGGACCUGUGCGUUGUGAUAUUCCGCACCCGCUCGCCGGCGGCGCCGGAAAUUGGUCGUCUGGUGGAGCACAGCAAGCGGCAGGUUCGCGGCUUUGUGGGCUGCCACAAGAUGCUCGAGCGGGACAUUUACCUGCUGGUCUGCCUGGCCUUCAAUCACUGGCACACGGGCAUCGAGGAUCCGCACCAGUAUCCGCAGUGCAUCCUGGCGAUACACAGCUCCAAGCGGCUGCUCGUCGAGCAGAUCAGUCCCUCGCCGCACCUCCUCGCCGACGCCAUAAUCAGUUUGACCCUGACCAAGGGUCAGCGGCACGAGGGGCGCGAGGGCAUGACCGCCUACUACCUGACCAAGGGCUGGGCGGGUCUGGUUGUGAUGGUGGAGAACCGGCACGAGAACAAAUGGAUCCAUGUGAAGUGCGACUGCCAGGAGAGCUACAAUGUGGUGUCCACGCGGGGCGAACUCAAGACGGUGGACUCGGUGCCGCCGCUGCAGAGACAAGUGAUCAUCGUGCUCACCCAACUGGAGGGCAGUGGCGGCUUCAGCAUCGCCCACCGGCUGACCCAUCGGCUGGCCAACUCGCGCGGCCUUCACGACUGGGGGCCGCCCGGCGCCACCCACUGUCCGCCCAUCGAGAAUGUCCACGGAUUGCACGCCCCGCGGCUGAUCACCUAGAACUCUAGUCGAUUUUUUGUCAACGUAUCACUCACACACACAUCACAGCGAAGGAAAACCAAAAGCUAAAACCAACCAUCAGGCAAAACAAAGCAUAUAUAUGUGUAUAGAUCCGUGCAGAUAUAUCUGAUAUAUGUGUGUUUAUGUACUAAGGCGGGAGCAGAUCGUUCGGGAUGCGGAUGCGGAUGCAGAGUCCGGAGACCUCGGCACAAUUCCCUCGAGAUCAAAUGAUAUAUGUUUUGAUUUGAGCGCCGAUGAUUAUGGAUUAUAUAGAUAUGUAUUGUGAAUUUAAGUGCAUCCAAUAUUAAUAUGUGUAUUGUUUUAAAAAUAAAGACUACAAGUUAUAAAAGCCAA